AUGAGAGAGAGGCGACCAGACACAUCCAGCAAGGAGCCUGAACACAAGCCUCUGCCGAGGAAGCAGCGUGCGCGAGAAGACGUGUUGAGAGACAAGCAGAUCCUUAUCGCGGUCGCACUUCCUCUCGUAUCUGUUCUUCCUGCACAUCCCCAAGACGGGAGGGACGACGAUGAAGGAAGGGAUCAUGCUGUCUUGUCAACGUGGCUGAAAGUCCAGCAGAGCUUGCUGAAGGCGGUCAAGCCGAGGAAGGGAUGGGAGAUGGUGGAGAUGAGCGAGUGGAGAGAUGCUGUUCCGCAGGGAGUCGUGUGGCUGCCUCUGGACCAGAUCGAUCGUGUGCGUCCGGAUGCAUAUGAGAAGAUGUACAGAGAAUACCUUGAGUCUUUGAUCAACUCAACAACCAAUCAUCGACAGCUUCUGUUCGGGCAUGUUUUCUUCGAACCGCGCGCUCUGGAGGGGAAGGGUCAAGAGGCCGGAGACGGACGGCCGUCGGAGCAGAGCUCUCGCAAGAAAGUCGUCUUCGCUACCGUCUUGCGACACCCCAUACUGCGUCUGGCCAGUCAGUACGAUUUCGAUCGCGUGCAAGCCAAGUCGAAAGUCUACCAGACGAGAUAUUUCUGCGGGUUCUCAGGAGAUUGCAAGUCGGACGAGUCGGGGGGGCCAACGGAGCAGAUGGUGAAGAGAGCGCGGGAGAACAUGAUGAGAUCGUUCAAGUUCAUCGGGAUCCUUGAGGACUGGAACUCGACUGUCCGAGUGCUGGAGGCUGUCCUGCCGACCCUUGCGGAAGGGAUUUCUGAUGCCUCGAGAGGGGGAGAUGAGAAGCAUUGUGCCAAGAGGUCAUUGGUUUGGACUUUCCCGGACGAGUUGUCAGGGUGUGAAGAACAGAAACGAUAA